GCAGCCUUGGUGGCGUGGGCAUGCCCAGGUAAUAUUUAAUGCUCGUUCCAGCUUGGUUUUUAAAUGCGGUUGCAACCGCAGCCGACUGAAAGAAAAAUAAACAAGGCAAAGAAAAAGAAAAUGACCACCCCGCAACUGUCCUACGAGGAUUUCAUCGUGGCUCGAAGCCGAACAAAUCCUUGCAUCAGUGGCCUGGCUCGGUACAUUAAGCAGCCGCCGUUCGCCAGUGCUAGCAGACUUGUCGUCGUCGAUUACCCCGCAAACGACAACAAACUUCCAACCCCGCAGGAAAUCACAGCAGUCGAGCUUUCUAAACUACUGGCCUGCCCAAACUUGUCUACGGCCGGACCACGUCCUCAAACGCGCGUCGUUCUCGUCGAAAACAUCCAGCCUCAAACGCUGAUCAUCCUUGGUCAGAUCCUCGAGGUGGACCCGGUGUUUUUCGCAGGCCACGUUAACACCGACUUCCAAGACAUCGAAAAGGUGCCCCUUCCGCCUUCCCUUGCCUUUUUUCCAUCGCAACUUGCCGAAAAGGGGUUUUUAUAUGUCCACUAUCAGCAGGUGAUCGACUUAGGCAAUUCGUCGACGUUCGAUGCCUUGCCGUACGCUCUCAAGACGGACUCGAGCCCCCCACGGAACGUCCGCCGACUGCCUCCCCUGUCGGGAAAACAACUUGCUCUUGCGCGGGGAUGUUGCUCCAUAUUAUCGCGAAGGAUAAGCGACGGCUCGUGGAUUUGCCUCAUUCUAGUUGAUCCCCCAAUCAAUUCGGUCAUCGCCACUGUAAAUGCGGGAAACAUAACAAAGCAUACGAGCAAGCCUCUACAUGGUGGCUUCGAAGACUUCGUACAGCCGGCACCCUUCUCAUCCUUCGAACCGGCCACCGGAAACAUCGAUCGUAAUUUGCAGGAUCCUCCCCACCAAAGGUCCAUGCUCGGCAGCCUCGUCCACUACUUCGUUAACCACCGCCGGCUGCAGGGGUUUUCCGCCAAUGCCAUGCCAUCGAACGUCCUUACAAUGGGCUACUACCCGAUCCGUAUCGCGCUGGCCGAAUGGGUUCUCUACACUCACCUGGCCAGCCGAUAUGUCAAGUUUUACGAGUAUACCCUGCGGGACGUCCACAUUCGGCUGCACGACAGCGACAUUGUCGAUCUCCAGCGCUGGCGGCGACGGUGCAAGCAAAGCCAGCACAGAUUAGCCCUCCUCGUCGAGUUCGUCCACCACUGGCGUCCUCACAAGCACCAAAAGCAGCGGCUAGGGGACGACAAUGAUAUCGACAAGCAGCAGCAGCUUUGGGACCUGGUUCUCAAAGAUAUCGGCUUUUUGCAAUCGCAGCUCAGGGACCACAGCCACUCGCUGGAACAAAUGAUCCCUGUGGCGACGGCUAUGAUACAGCUGCUCGACUCGCGGCAGUCGAUCGCCCAAUCGGCCAACGUCACGCGACUAACCUACAUCGCCCUCGUUUUCGUGCCGCUGUCCUGGGUCGCGGGCCUGUUCAGCAUGUCUGAAAGGUACUCGCCAGGCGGGAACGGCGAAUUCUGGGUGUACUGGGCCACGGCGCUGCCGCUGCUCCUGGUGGUACUGCUUCUGUCCGCUUUCUCGCGGAUGCAAAGGCCGCUGGAAAGCCUUAAUAACUUGUGGGAGCGCUUUGAAAGAUAAAUGUUGGGGCGCGAGCUGGGGAUGAGCCGGAGUUGGCAAACAUUCACGCAUCCAAACAACUGUAUUUACGCCAGCCCAAAUCGACCCGCCAUAUCCACGAUGGUGCAGAAGGGCCAGUCUUGCGGCUACAGCCGUCCAUUAGCCGCGCUCGAUAAACUGUCAACCAGAAUAUCCAAUGCGCCGUAGCUGUCACAGUUGAUAGGGAAGGCAAAAGGUAUUGUCACGGUUCUGGCAACAUCUAGCUAAGCCCAAUCCAACUAGGCCAAAAGGACGAGAAAGUACAAGUCGGACGACUUGUACCCCACGUUGGGCUUAGUGCCUUGGUGCAAACGAGACAUGGCUGCGUCUACCCAACAAGGCACGCCGCACCAUCACAUCAUCCACGAUGUCACAGACCCCUCAACAGGCGGUCUAGUUGGGUACGGUCAGGUCCACAGGACCAAGAAGGCUUGUAUUUAGAAGACAGUGCUGCAGCCGCUGCCUUCUACAAUGAUGCUGUGGCUUCCUUGCUGAUUUUUGGCCCUCCUUUCCAAAGGGGCCAAAAAAAAAACAGUAAGGGAGGGUUUUAACUUCCGCCAUACGGUGUUGAGAGGAGGCAGGCCACGUGCGCCCCCUGGACGCUUCCCCGCCUGCGGCGGUGCCUUACAACUGUAGCUGCCCUGCACCGAUACAUAAUCUGUGACACACGAACACUUGGGAAAAAGGAUUGCCUUUCUGUUGCACCCUAUAAGGAAAAAUCCGGAGCUAGCUCGGGGUUGACAUGACAGCUUUGCUUGAAAUGGGGGGCGGAACCUGAACCGGGCCUGGCAAAUUUCGGUGCUUUAACAAAUGCACGGACGAAAAAGUGUGGCCAAUGGCCACACUUUCCCGUC